ACCUCCGAGACACGGGAGGCGCUGCUUGAACUCCCAGCGCCGGAUUCCAGAACGGAAUUGAAUGCGCAUGCGCACCUCAUACAGAGCGGGUCGAGCGGUGGAUCACGCUGUGGCCGGAAGCAGCCAAUCGGCGGCCCGGAGAUGAACAUCCUCCCGAAAAAGAGCUGGCAUGUCCGUUCCCGGGACAAUGUGGAGCGGGUCCGCCGCGAUGAGGAAAGGGCGGCAGCUGAGGAGCGAGAGAGCAAGCGGCGGGCGGCGCUGGCCGACCAGGAGGCGAGGACGGAGUUUCUGAGGAAGAGGGCGCGUCUCUCCCUCCCUGACGUCCCAACGCAUGAGGUUGUGCCCGUCCAUCAGAAGCUUAAUCUGUUCAGCGAUUUAGAGGGGGGCAAAAUGGAGAAGGUGGGGAGCAAGGAAUACGAGGCUGAGCGAAGGCAGGAGAAGGAGAGACGGGAGCGUGCUCUGGGCCUGCUGACGUACUUAGGCCAGAGUGCAUCAGAGUCACAGACGGCACCACCCUGGUACACACAGCCCCCCAGUCUGCAGGAGGUGACAGACACUGAUGUCCGGCUCAAGAGGCGCAUGGACCCCCUGCGGGGAAUGAAAGAGGGGCUGCGGGGAGGGGCGUCCCGGGAAGUGGGAGGUAGGACGGGGAGGGUGGGGCCAGCCACUGGGCAAUCAGGCCUCCGUGCCGAGCGUCUGCGGAGAGAGGAGGCAGAGCGAGCCCGUGCCGAGGCACUGCUGAGAGGCCUGGAGGGAAGGGGGAGGACAGAGGAGCAGGGGGAUGAGGGAAGGGCCUUUGCCUACAAUUCGCAAUUUCAUCCUGAGCUCACCCGACAGCACAGGAAGAGACGACGAUGAGGGGAAGCAAGAAGAGGAGGCAGAUCCCUCUUGAGUAAAACCAGCUCUUUAUUCACACCAAACAAUAAAUCUAACUUUGUUUCAGA